CAUUUCCUGUGUUUGCUUUGUGACAUGUUGAACGACAAGCGGCACGUUGAAGGCAGGACUUCCUGGUGACGUGCUGUAACAGGGCUCGAGUUUUACUUUCAAUUCCUGGGUGUCUUGUGUGAGCGCUUCUUCUUAGGGAAGAAACGAAACCUCGAACGCUGAGCUGGCAGAAUAUGCAAGAGGGAGAGAGAUACGGGGGGAGGGUGGAAAGGAAUUGGUUUAUUUCUUAAAGGCUGCAAUGGAGGCCAGCCUGACCUGUGCGGUUUGUUUGUCGGUGUUUGAGAAUCCCACCACCCUGCCCGUCUGCUCGCACAAUUUCUGCAAGAAAUGCAUUCUGGAGUGUGUCACCAAAUCCUUCUCGUACGGCCUGGACUACAGCAGCAGCAGCAGCAGCAACAACAACAACAACAUCUGGAAGAACAGUCAGCUGGAGUGUCCCCUCUGCAGAAAGAGCAACUUCAUCGCCGAGGGAGCCGUCAACCUGCCCGGCAACACCACCUUGGCCGAGGUGGUGAAACUUUUCCGCUCGCAGCAGCAGGCGGUGGGAGCCGGGCGCGAGCAGGAGGACGAGGAGCUGCCGUUGGUGGUGGGCAGCGGCACGCGGAGCCUCGGGGAGCGCGAGUUCUGCCAACGGCACCCGCACAGGAAGCUGCAGCUCUUCUGCAAGGUCUGCAAACAGCUGGCGUGCGGCCAAUGUGUCUCCGAGGAUCACCGAGGGGUCUUCCACGCCGUCAACUUGGUCGACAUGAUCUACCAGGAGGAGAAGCUUGAGUACUUCAGUAACCUGAGAGAAUUGAGGCAGCUGAAUAACAGAUUAAAGGUUGAAAUUGCAGACACCCCUUCAGAUUCUGAGUACAUUUUAGACUAUGAGAAAGAAGUUAUUAAAAGUAAGAUCGGUAGGAUUUUGGAGAAAGUGGAAUUGAAAAGAAGGCAGUUGGUUGAUGAGAUUGAGAAGAAGAAAGAGUGGAAAGAGCGUGAACGUAAAGCUCGACUGGAAGGAAAACAAACACAGAAGAAAACAAUUGAGCAGUACCUGAAGGAGUGUGAAAAAUUAGUGAAUGAAUGUAAUCCUGUCAAUUUUCUGAAGGUGGCCUGUGACUUAAAUGAAAGGGUAAAGAGCAACCUUGCUAUCAUCCUCCCUACUUUAGAGAAGCACGAUGAAUUGACUUGUCUGCAACCACAUCAGUUUCUUAUAAAACCAGUGUUGGAUAGUAUCUCUGCACUCCAGUUGACCAAAGAUGCAACAAAUCCCAGUUUGGAUACUGACAAUACUACAAGUGAACUACGCACAGAUGGCUACCAAUUUAAAACUACCUUAAAAAUGUGGAAGCAGCCCAAGGAUUUUAUAGAACCAAAGUUUACUCCAGAAACUAUUAUUGAAUAUGGCUGUCAUGACUAUCUUUGGUGUAUUUCUGCAAAAGAAGACUAUCAGUACAUAAGUCUAGAGGAACUGCGUUACAAACACUAUCAAUCCUGCAGAAAAGACUGGAACUGCUUUGUGACUGAAGAAUAUUCUGAUAGUGAAAAUGGUCUAGAGCCUUCAGUGUCUUCAGUUUCUACAGAGCUGCGCAAAACACCUGAUGGAGUACAGAAGCCUCAUGUUAAAUUAUUCAGUUUUGGUCAGUCGUCUAAAAAAGUAAAAAAGAAAUUCCUUGGCAAUCAAUAUGUGCCUUUGCCUCCUAAUUCAAGAUCCGCUACAAGUAUCCGAUCAGUUUCAAACUCGGAGAUGUCGUUACCCAGUGGUUUUGAAAAAUUGUUUGAUGUGGGAGAUAUAAAGCAAAAACACGACCCUGUUCCUCCUUCAUCAGUUCAAUCUGAAACUAUCUCAAACAUCACAAGCACUGUCGAAAGUCUGCCAACAGCAGCGGUAACAGCAUCUCUUCCAGUUACUUUGAGUUCAUGUACAACAGUGAUGAGCUCUGACAAAACAGACGAAUGUCAGCAAAAGCCAUUUACCUCCAGUGCUCUUGGUUUUACUGUGUCUAAGUGCUCCAGCUUGGCAUCUAAACAAAAAAAAUCCAGUAUUUCAAAAGCUGGUAUAAGAUUCCUUAACCCCACAGUCACCUCUGGAAGUUCACCAUCAUUCGGUGGCUUUAUGUUUGGAAAUACCUUAGCCAACAAAUCAGGGGAUCAGCAAGCACUGCCAGUAUCAACAAGCUUCACAUUUGAGAAGCUUAAUUCAUGCUCUGCUACAAGUAAUUCAAUCAGUAGUUCAACUUCUGUGUUUCACAGUAAAACUGCAUGUGAGUCAACUGGUAAACAUACGAAGCAUCAAAAUGGCCAGACAAGCUGCAACACAUCAUCCACUUGCAUUAGUAAAGUGCUUUUGGAUUCAGUUGGAACAUCAUCCUCUUUUCACUUUGGGAAAGGGAAAGAACAGUGUUCACAAGAAAACUCACCAAAACCUAAUUUGUUUGGUACUUCAGGACCCUUGAGUGAUCCAGUCAAGCCAGCGGCAUCAUUUUCCUUUCUCAACUCUGGAACUGGAACAUUGGGUUUUUCAUUCAAAAUUUAUCCCAGUAUAACAUCAACAACCAAAUCAAGUGAAUCUUUAAGAAACCCAGAAAAUUUAGCUUGUCUCUCAGGUUCAUCUGUUGGAAGAGAUGUAACUAGCCCCUUUAAAUUUUCACAAGUACCCAGAAGUGAUGUUCCAACUUUUUAUCAAAAGCAACCUUUGUCAACUACUAGCAGAUCUACUACACCAAGUUUUGAUUUUAAAUUAGCAGAUUCUAGUAUUAUCACGUCAGCUUCAUCUUUAUUCACUUCACCAUCAUCAGGUUCCUCAAUUUCAAGCCCAGCACUGUAUGAACAAAGCCUUGUGACACCUCAAAGCAGUGUUAUGCCUUUGAAACAUGUUGCUAGUUCUGCUGAAAAAUCCUCUGUUUUCUCCUGGACCAAUUCAAUUGGUUCUGAUUCUGUGGUUUUUCCACCUGUCUUCAGUCAAGAACCCACUUCCACAAUCACUCAGCAGCAGAGCACUGCAACGUUAGACAGUAUUACCAUUGUGAAGGAACUGUCAACCUCAGGAUUGUCAAUAAAUGCUGAACCAGUUGCUUUAAGAAACUCUAAAGGUUUAACUCCGAUCACGCCUCCAGUCAUUGCAAGAGAUGUACCUGACCUCUUCGCACUUACCCAAGUGUCCGUGAACGAUGUUCCAAAUUUGAAUGAAAAGCCAUUUCUGUCGACUGUAAGCAGGUCAAAUUCACCAAGCUUCGAUUUUAAGUUAGAAAAUCCAGGUACUGUUGUGUCUGCUUCAUCUUUGCUUGCUUCAACAUCAUUUGUUUCAACCUCCUGUAAUUCCUCGUCGUUGUCAAUUCCAGUUGCACAAAACGUUCUGCCAACACAAAACGUUCUGCCAACUCAAAACAGCAUAAAGCCAUUGCAUCUUUUUGCUAGUUUUGCUGAAAUGUCUUCAGUUUGCUCCAGGGCAAAUUCAAUUGGCUCUAAUGCUGUAACAUUUACAACCAAUUUUAAUCGAGGUUGCACACCAACAGUCAGUCAGCAGGAGAGCACUGUUAGGGCAGCUGAUGUCAAAGUGAAUGAAAUACAAACAUCAGAGGUAUCAAUAUAUGCUGAAUCAUCUACACUUAAUGGAGCACAUUCAUUUAGUUUGAAUUGUGAGGAUCCAUCACUAGUAGUAAAUCAGCAGAGUUCUGAUAAAAUGUCAACUGAUAAUGGCGUUGAAACCCACAAACUGAAAGAAACUUUGCUGGCUGAAACAUUAACUUCUCAACCAGAAAUAUUUCACAGGAUCGAAUCUGCUAGCUCUGGCUGUGUGGAUUUUGCAGUAGGUUUCAACAGAGUGCUCCCUUCAGUCAGUCAGCAACAAACUCAAGUUGCAUUCGUUGAUGAUGCUUUCAAAACCUGCAAAACAAAAACAUUUGAAGUGCCUAAAUGUAUGCAACAAUUGGUAAUUGGGAAAAUCACAGUUCCUCUCUUGCAACUUAGUAAUGCAACAUCUACCCUUGAAAAUCCUUCGGAGAGAUGUAAUAGUGAUAUAGAUGAAGAAGGCAAAAAACCUCUAAUUUUCAGUGAUCAAGGUUGCACUGUUUCUGAAAACCAAGGUCAUUCCAAUAAUCACCAGAGUUCUGCAGUUGCCAGUGAGAUAGAACAUCCAGAUAGCUUAACUGCUAAAGAGAGCACUUCUCUUAGUAGAACGAGAUGGACAAAUAUUGAAACACUAAAUUUGUCACACACAGGAGAUUCUGCAUGUAUUCCACAACCUGUUGCAUCUAAUGCUAGUAGUUUUGCAGAAGCUAAUAAUGAUAAUGCACAAGAAGAUAACCAGACAACAGCAACAGAUUUCUCGCUUUUCACUGCUGCUUCUCCAGUCUUUUGCCCAAUAUUUAAAUUUGGUGCAGGUAGUGAUUUCCAAUUCACACUGGGUGCAAAUAAUCUAACAAAUUCUACAGGACAGCAAGAGAAGAAUGAGGGUGAUUGUAAAGCUGCACACAAACCAAUAUUACCAUCCCCUCCACCAGUUAAUCAUCCAGCUGCCAUCCUAGAUGCAGAAAAUGUUCUCUUUUCUAACAGAGGAAAGCUGUACUGCUUUGAACGGACGUCCUUACAGUGGAAGGAGCGAGCAUUUGGAGAAAUCAGAAUUUUAGAACAUAAAAUAACAAAAUUGUCAAGAUUCGUAAUGUGGAACGCCACUAAUAAAUGCUGCGCCAAUCACUGGAUCACAAGAGACUUGGAACUGAAGCAUGCGAAAACCAGUAAUCAUAUCUGGACUUGGCAUGCACUGGAUUAUUCAGAGAAUAAGCAGGUCCUUUUAGAGUUUGCCGUACACUUUAAACUAAAAGAAAGGGCUCAGAUGUUCAGACAAGUCAUUGAGAGAGUGCAGAGCUCAACUGAGAUCACUCGGUUAACAGAAAAACGUUUGUGCGGUUCUGUAGAAAUUAAAAAGAAUGAUCAAAAUGGAAAUGAUGGUCCUACUUCACUUGUUAGUGCAUCUGAAUUGGAAAAAGAAGGAAGGUUUCUACGAGGGAUCGAAGAACAGGAAGAAGAUGGAAAUGAUGUGGUGAUGCUGAGUGAGGUCACACCAACUCCAGAGCAGAGGGCUCUUGCCUUAGAACUGUUUCUUCCACCAACUUUCUUCUGUUACAAGAACAGGCCAGGUUACCAAAGCAGUGAUGAUGAAGAGGACAGUUUUGAGACAGCAGUGAAGAAGCUUUACCCUAACUACAAUAAAUUAGUUUAAUAUCGUCUCCUGUGUCGUAAUGAUGAGUGACACUCUCCCAAAGAUUCAUAUACAAUGACAUUGAAACAAAUAUGGUAUUAUUGUUAACUUUGUGGGUUAAUAGAGUGCAUGUUGUCCACUUUAAACGUACAGCCUACUUACUCAUUCAGAGAACUCAUUCAUUAAGUUUUGGAAACAUACAAGAAUGCUGACUUUGACUUCGACUAAACUGUGUAAUUGAACACCAGUAUAUGUUAGUAAUGGUCCUACUAAUUGUCCAGUGUCCAGUCAGUUUUGUCAUGCUAUUUGAGAACUGGUCUAUGAACAUAUGAAGAGAAGGAACAAUGAAGCUCAUCAGUGCUCAUCCUCCAAUACUGUCGUCCCAAUUACCUACUGGAAAUUCCUACCAGAAAGAAGAAAGGAAUGAAACGCUGUGCCAAAUUCAGGAAAAGCUAUGGAAAAAAUGCUCAGUGACCUCUAAGAAUGAAGCAAGUCCCAGCAGACCUUGGCUGCAGAAUAUCUAUUAUUAUACCUGUCCACUAAUAUGCCAUGAUGCUCUUAGCAUCAUACAAUUCUAUACAAAAUGAAAAGACCAUUUUUAUGUAUCUAGAAGCUGAAGAGUUUUUAUGCCUCUCUUGGGAUUGAAUUUUUGUUCCUGAGUCAGGUGCAACUCAGACCUUGGCAUUAACACCCCAGGUGGGCUGAUUUUUGUUGCUGAUGUAGGCAUGUAUUCAUGGGCGUCAAAUCCAUCAAUGCAAGAAACCGUGCAGAGGCAUCCACAGGGACUGACCGUGCCAAGGCUGUUGUGUGAAUGGCCUAGCUUGGUGUUCUGGCAAGUUGUCUCAGCUCUUUAAAAAAGGAAACAAAGACAGCCUUCUAGCCCUUGCCAACAUGGGCCUUUAUUGCUCCAAUGCCAACUCAUGACCCCCCCACGCACACAUCAUUUCCUCUUAAUAUCCCUCGAUGCCAAUUUAUCCAGUAUCCACCAUGGAAAGGCCUUAAGAGCCGUGCUGAGAUUAAACACAACAAAGGUCUAAAUGCACAUUAAUGCCUUUACAGUUUGAAAAAAAACUCAUUGAUUGAAAGCCCAUUCACGAUAUUGAAAUUACUCAAAUGACUUAAUCCCUCAUAAAUGCUAGUAGGGUAUUCAUAGCUCCACAUCAAAGACUAUAUACCCACCUGAAACUGUUAAUCAAACCAUGAACACACAUGUAUCCCAAUUUGAUAAUGAUAGGUUUUGAUUCAGUCAUGGAGCACUGAUUCAAUAAUUAUUGUUUUCAGGGUUGUAUCAAUAGGCAGAGUGAAAUAGCAAGCACUUUAAACUCGGAACUUAUUUUUAGUUAAAAGGCAGACACUUGAAUGGCUUGACAUCUUAACAGUUUUAAUAUGCUUAAUAAUUACAAAGAGUUUAUCAAAUUUUUACAUGCCUCCACCUCUACAUUUAACAAUCCAAAGCAUUCCUAAGGAACACCUUACCUCUUCCAGAAGAGUCACUGGACCUAUCGGAAGGGUUCUGUACCCCUCCAAACUAGUACCUUCCCUGUCCAAAUAAACCUUUUGAAAUGUGUAAAACCCAAAAGUCAUAUUUUGAACAUUCACUAACCAAAAAAAAGGGCCAGUUUGUAGACUGAUUUCCAUUUUUUCCACAAGUUUGCAUCUUAGUUGAAGACCUUUCUCAUGUGUUGCUCUUUCUGACCCAGUUUUAUUUAUUUAUCUUCUUAAUUUUCAAAACUUUGCGUUUCUUUGGCGUUUGUGACCAAAUAUGGCUUGAUCACAUCAAGUGUUGUCAUUUCCCUCUCCCAAAACAAUCACUGUCUUAUUCUGGGCAGCAGAGAUAGUAAACCAUGGCUUCUUCUUGCCACCAGCAGCCAGUUGAUUAAAUCCUUUCUUCCCUGUUUCACACACACCUACAUGACAAGAGCACAGAGAUCAUGGACCAGUCACAACGAUUGAGGCUGUUCAUUCAGCUGGUAGUGUUGGUGUUUUACUUCAUCUUAUCUCUGAACCCGGUUUGUUUCGAUCUUCUGUCUCAUCUUUCCACAUGCCCUCACCAGGCCAAGCAGCUCAUGAACCAGUUAACUGACAAUGACUUGUGUUCUUUUUUAACUCUGCUUGAAUGACUACUUUUGUAGAUAAAUACAUAGAACAGAGCCAACAGAACCUAAUGUAUACCUGUGUAGUUAAAUUUAUGUCUUUUCAUUCAGUGCCUUGAAUUGAAUUUGAAGAGUGCCAAGGAUACAUCCAAGUACUGAGUGGAUCAAAGUCAUGUUUACUUCUGUGCUAUCCAUAAAUUAAAGUAUUUCUCAUUUGUCUGUAUAGACUGUAAAUUAUUAUUUCUCAGUUUUUGCUUUAUCUGUUGAUAUGAUAAAAUGUUGAUUUUUCUAUAACUGGAUUCUCUCAUUACUCAUGCAGUGGUACCAUGUGCCAACUUUAGUUUUAAAGCUUUUGAAAUGUAUUAGUUUUAUAUAUUAACAUAAAAGAUCGUACGUCCAACAAGUGUUUCUGUAAAAGUUUCAGACUGGCGUCUUGUUCUCUUCAGCUUGAGCACUAGUUGUUGGGUGCCUCAUAGGCUUUGGAGCAGAUCAUAGUGCACUUUUCAGCAUGGAUUACUGAAUACCAAUCAGAAGCAGAAAACAUGCCUGAUCUUCUCUUCCCCUUCAUCCUGAAAUCACCAGAGGUUAAUUAUGGAGCCUCAUCAUUGCCCAUGCUAAGAUCAUCCUGAUAUAUAUGAUUCAGUAUCGCUCUGGCUUGUUAGGAGGAUUGCUAACUCUCUGUUUGCGUUAGUGUUAGCUUUUUGUGGAAUUAAAUGUGUACACUCUCCUUUGUGGCAUUCUGGGAACAAGUUAUUGAAUUUGGGUUAAAUAAAGGUUCAGGCAAAAUUCAGUGCUAGUCAGUAAUCAGAACAUUAGUACUGCACAAAGCAUUUCAUUCUAAUCAUGAUUAAGAUUGGAAAGGAAUUUUAGCAGUCCUGGUUUAUACAAAUUUAUGCUAAAACCUUCCUUAAUUUGAUAUCAGACAAGCACAAUCUUAAACAGAUUUUAUAGAAGGAAGUAUGAUGAAAGGCAACAUUUAUCAGAGGCUAAGGUUAAAGUAAGAGGAGCAAGAUCCAACAUUACAUGAUCAAGAUGAACUUCAUUGCAUGUUUGGAAACGAAAAGAUAAAGUACGAUCUCAUUGCUCAGCUAUGUCUGAUUUAACUUGGAAGUGUUAGCAAAAUUAAUUAAAGUUCUAGUUUUGAGAAGCAGGGUUGAAAAUAUUAGUUGCACCUCUGGGUCUGACGAGAUUAUAAGAUUAUUUAUUGUAUCAAAACGAGAUGUGAUAAAAUGUUUUUUAAAAAAAAACGGAACAAAUUUGAUCAAAUAAUCGAUUACUAAUAUAUCUACUGUACAUAUUUAUGAUUUAUGUGGUGAUUUGCAAGAACAUAUUUCAGUUCUUGCUAAUCAGUAUUUUAUGUGGCAACUCAAUUCUGGAUUAAUAUCUGCAAUAUUUCUAACUUUAAUAUUAUGACUUGUUAGAAUUGGUUCAGAAUACUCUGGUCUGACCCAUCUGACUGACAAUAUUUGGUAAAGUGACUUUUUUUUCUUAGAAAUUAUUUUAUUGAUCUUUCACGAGUCAGAAUCAAAUAGAAGUCCCAACCCUGUGUGGGGAACAGUCACCCGCCAGUCGUUAUUCCUUAAUUAGCAAAUUAGUAGCCAGAGAACAUGUUCAUUUUCUGAUUAAGGAAGGCAGGUAUGAUCUUGAAGGUAGAGGACAAAUACAUGGUCUUCAGUCUACAUUUUUCAGAAAAAAGAAAGUGUGCCUCCAGUUCCCUCUCUGAACAGAAAUCAGAGCUGCCCAACUACCAGAUCCCCUUCACAGAGCUGACUGUGCCUGAAAACUGAGCACAGAGUAUUCAACUACUUCACUUGUGUCCUUCAGGGAAGGGAAUCACUCUAGAUUAAAUUCUAAUCCAUAUUAUUUGAACACACCUUGUAAUCCUCUCAUAUAUUGCUCUUUUAGAAAUAAGCAUUGUUAAUUUCUCAGUAACACAUAAAUAUUUAGCUUGAGAAGGAAAACUUUAUAACAAACUACAUUUAUAUAAAGCCCUUCCCAUGACCAUAAUCACACAAAAUUGACAUUGAACCAAAGAAGGAAGCAUCAGGACAGAUGACCAACCCAUGGUCAGAAACCGGUUUUAAUGAGCACCAGAAAUGAGUAGUCCAGUGGAGAAUUUCAGAGCUUGGGGCGUGGAUUGCUGAAUACACAGCAACCAAUGGCAUGGCACAGUAAGUCCGGGAUGCUCAAUAGGUCAGAAUUGGAGGUACAGAACCUAUGUAAAGAAUCCGUUUAAUAGUUAUUUGAAUGUGUAAGGCUUGUUCUUAGCUUUGGAACACAAUUCCAACAGUGACAGUACUUCCAGGAAAUAUUCCUGGGAACUUGAGGCACAUUGAGACAAACAUGCCAGACAGACAAGUUCAGCCAUGGGGGUGAUCUGAUAUCAUCAUAUCAUCAAUUAAGUGUGCAUUGAGGGGCCAGUUUGACACAUCAGAUUGGAUCUUCCUCCACUGUACUCCAAAUCUGGCAUGUCAGUAGAAACAGGUAAAUAGGAUAUUGAUGCCUCAGAUAUCCAAGCAACGGGAUUGGUAUUUCUAUAAAUGAAAGUACUUUUCCCCUUCAUUGAUUGAUUUAUAUUAACACUUAAAGAGUUAGACUUUUGCCGUAUCUCAGGGACGUUUUGGUUGAGGGAAAAUAACUUUAGCAAAUUAUUUCAUCCUUGUAUGUUUAAAUUUUAAUAUACUUACAACUCCUCAGGCAGAACUUUAGUUACUGUGCUAACUGCAGAAAUGUGUGGUAAGAUUACAAGGCCACUUCAUGACAGUUACUUUAGGAUGAGAAAUUAUUUUAUGUCUAAAAGCAAAGGUUUUAUUUGUACUCGUGUUGAGUGCCAUUUGGGUCGGUGCACAUACUGGCUGUAUUAUUAGCACAGGCAAUAUCAUUGAUGCAGUUUCUUCUAUUUUAUGUUAUCAUUUGAAUUUGUGAUACUUUACUGUAAUAAAGAAAUUUGGAAAAGAA